AUGAGAGAAAGGAGUAAAACCCUGACGUCACCCAUAGCCAAAAUCUUGGGUUUUACCUUCCGCACCAAGCCAAAAUCUUCCAUCACCGCCACAAAUCUCUCGACCGAUUGCUCUCGCCUUCAAUUGCUCUCCCAUCCGUCAAGCGCUCAACCUCCAAGUCAAAACCUUCAAUCUUCCAUUGCUUCUGCGCUCAACUCUGGCUCUCUGCUCUGCCUCUGUCUGGACGAGUUUCAUUCAACUACAAAGUUCCCUUUGAGCCUGAAAGGCUACCAAGAACGUGUUUACAACUUUGUCAAUCCUUUGUCCCCUCAAUUAGCCAUCCUGUUGUCAGAGCACCUAGGUUUUAUGGGUUGUCUAAGAGUUCAUCUUCCUCAACUGGGUUUAUACCCAAACAUCAAAUUUCCCAAAAUUCAACCUAAACGUUUCAGUAUUUCUCCUAUUUCUUCCGUGAAAGUAAUCUGUGGUUUGAGGAGUAGGCCAAGAAAACCCUUGUGGAGGUCAAGGGUGUUGUCUACAGAGACCAUACAAGCAGUCCAGUCCAUGAAAUUAGCUGCAAAAACGCCUAAUAAACUGGAAGAAGUUUUCAAGACCCAAGUGAGCAGACUCUUGAAGGGUGAUUUGCUGGAUGCCUUAACUGAGUUGCUGAGGCAAAACGAAUUGGAGCUAGCUCUCAAGGUUUUCAACCAUGUGAGGAAUGAAAUUUGGUAUGUUCCAGAUCUUUCCAUUUAUAAUGACAUGUUAAUGUUGUUGGGAAGGAACAAACUGAUUGAAAUGGUUGAGAAGCUCUUUUGUGACCUGAAGAAAGAGGGCUUAAAACCCGACACCCGGACAUACACUGAGCUGAUUGGAGCAUACUUUAAAGUGGAUAUGAUAGAAAAAGCCAUCGAGACGUAUGAAUUGAUGAAGGCAUCACAUUGUGUACCAGAUAAGUUGGUCAUGACAAUCAUGAUAAAGAACCUUGAAGACACCAAGCAUGAAGAAGUUGCCAAAAGAGUGAAGAAAGAUUGUGAGCAGUAUUUUGACUACCCCGAGAAAUUCCUAGAAGAAGUUGAAAGACAAUAUCCAAAGCGAAGGUCCCUUACUAUUGUGUGAAGACUUCAAUCUUUUUGAAAGAACAAAACUGCAGUUGUGGAAUAUCAUGACAUUUUCUUCUGUAUUGAGUUGAAGCUUUGAGCUGAAGCAGGUGAUAGCAUGGAAUUUGUGGUAGUGCACUAUUAAUAUGUACUCAAGGCAUUGGUUGCCUUUUCUUUCACCAAAGUGAGUCCAUUUUUCUUUUGAAUAUAGAAAUGACAUUAUAUAACAGUGAAUCUUUUGUAGAACAGUAGAAUGUAUUGAUUUUGUCCUCUUAGACUAUUUUGAUCAUGUAUAUUAUUGGGGUGCAUCAGAUAUUAAGCUCAGUAGACUUGGAAAACUCUUAUUUCUUAGUGAUUUGAGUAUUUGAAUUA